AUGAUGCCGACAGGACGCGUACAUUGGUAUUUUUCUAGACUGGCAGGACAAAUCUCUAAUCCUGGAUCUUACAUUGGUCGUUUACCAUUUGCUAAUAUUACCAUACUCACUGUAAGUUAUUCAACAUUAUCUGAUAGUCGAGUUUGGUUAGGCUCUACUCGUGGAGUGAUGCGCUUCGAUUCGAAGGAUAGUGAUAUCAAUGCUUGGCGUGUAUUCAAUAGUGCCAGAUAUAUGCCUAAUCGUGACUCAUUAGUUCAUGUUUCUUCAUUAGCUGUACUUAGUCGGACUAAUAAUGCGCCCACUGCAUUAGGAAGCGCCGCAGUGGCUGUUACAACCAAAGGUCUGGCUGUUCUUCGCUUCGAAAUGUGGACAUUAGUACAAAAGGCAGAACAUUUUCAACACUUCUUCGAUCAACCAGGCAGACACGAUAAAUAUAAUUUAAUAUCUAAUUGUACUAUGUCAUUGUGGGGUGAUAGUCGUACUUGUGUCAAAGGACCAGACGACAAUGAUGGUCUUUGGACUUCGAUGUAUUUAAGUAGUCAGAUUUUUCGCUAUGUUGUGACCCAAGAUCUAGCAAUCAAAGCAUCGGCUUGGACACAUUUUCAAUCAUUAGAACUACUCAAUCAAGUCUCGGGUGUUCCUGGUUAUCCUGGUCGUUCAUUUGCAAAACGUAGUGAUUUUCCUCCUGCUCCUCAAUGGUAUCCAUCUCCUGUUUAUCCGACUCUUCAAUUCCAAGGUGACACUUCAUCUGAUGAAAUUAUUGGACAUGAAUUUGUCUAUCCAUUGGUACAUGAUUCAUUGGCUAGUAGUGAUGAUGAGCGACAAAGAGCUUACAUACUGCUCUUCAAUAUCACUACUAAUAUUAUGACACAUGACUGGUAUUUAGAAGGCGAGAAUCAUACUCGUACUAAUGGGGUCACAUGGAAUCCUACAGAAUUGAACGACGACGCUGACCGUCAAGAUGAUCGAGGCCUGAAUAGUCUGGAAAUACUAGCUUUCUUACUUCAAACUUAUGCUUAUAGUGGUGAUAAGCGCUUUCUAGAUGGUGCUGAACUGUUGAUUAAUUCCUAUCACUACGAUGUGAAUCUUAUCAAUACGAAGAUGAUUGCUGUUUGUGAUAAUAACUUCUCGGACGAUGAACUGGCUUAUUUAUCCUAUUUUAAUUUGGUUUAUGCUAUCAACACGAUCACAUCUUCGUCUAACUUGUCUGUUAAACAAAAGGCAGAAGCACAGUUAGUGAUGGAUCAUAUAUUAGAAUAUAUGAGAAUUGGUUUAGAUUUAACCCAUAAGUACAAACAAAUGGAAAAAUCACCAUUUUACAACUUCAUUUAUUGCUAUGCUAGUGGCCAAAUUAAUCAAACUCAACAUCUAUUUACUAACAUCAAUACAUCUUCUCCGGCUUUUGACUGUAAUGCUUUGUCAGCGGAUGCUGUAUGGUAUAUGCAACGUUGGCCAUUAGAACUGAUCGCUUGGCCACAAUUCAACAGUGAUCGUUUGGAUAUUCAGCUGAACAUACCAGCCGAAUGUGAACAAAAACCUCUGUCAUUGCAAAUGUUACCUCCUGAUGAACGAACUACUAAGAAAUGGAACACCAAUAUCUAUAGCCUAGAUGAUGGAGAUGGAUUUUAUGAAGAGGAUCCAACUGCAUUCCUAAUAAGUUAUUGGGGUAUGCGCUAUUUCAAUUUAUUGGGAAAAGAAGAACUUGCACGUCAUUAUUGA